AUGUUUUUUGUUUGCUUUCAGUUGGCAGCGCCCUUGGCAGACAACGACAAUGCAAGUGACAGUUUCUACUGCAUCAAGGAUAGUCCCCUGCUUAACAACUUGUUCGGUCAGUACGUGGAGGAGAGUAUUUACGUCAAAAAGUCUCAUGACUGCUCCAAAUUUCAGAUGGCCUGCCUGAAAUGCUUCCAACAGGCACAUUUGGAAGCCAAUUCUAGUACCAAUUUGAUUUGGAGAGAGAGGAGAGAAAAUUGCAAUCGCCGAAUAAAAUGCUACAACACACCUGGUUGUCUGGGCUACUACAGCCCUCCAUGCUAUCCGGAUGAUCAUCAAGAGGUUCCUGAGAAUGGGACGUGCGUCAAAGAGUAUGAACUCAAUUUACACUACCUCAGGUCAAUUCAGCGGACGAAAGGAAUGCUACAGAGUGAUCAGUCAGAGAGUGUUCAAACGCAAGGCGACAUUAGGAUGAAGGCAGUACAGGUUUCAAGGCCCUUCCUCUACAGUACCUCCAACUGGCGAUCUGCUGGCUGUGAUCUUGACAUCGGCAAUUUUAUGAAUGAGGACGAAGUGUUGUACGGAGCCACUCUAUCACCUGCUCUUCGGCUAAGUCAGAGCAAAGAGAAACCACAACCAUUUGCCUACGUAAUAGCAAAUGAUCGAAACAAUAAACUGGGAAUAAAAAUUCUCUUAAAUGGUGUGUGA